AUUAGUUUUUUUUACAAAUAAACAAAAUUUACAUGUUACAUUGUUGGCGAAAUUAAAAAACAUUGUAUAUUUUUUGCAACAAUAGAAAAAUGAUGAAAUUUUUUUUACUUAUCUUAUGUAUUCAUAGUAUCGAGUUAAAAAAAAUAAAGAUGACAGUCACUGAUGGUCAAGCAGUAGAGUUAGAAUAUCAUGUAACUAUGUUCACAAUUCAACUCAGUAAGCCAGUCUCUGAACCAGUAACAUUAAAUCUCACUGCAGAAAACCAAAAUAUUGCAUACCCUUUGAAAAACAGUAUUACAAUUCUUCCAUCAGAUGACACUACACCACAACUAGUGUUUGUUUAUGGCGCAAAUAUUGGAAACACAUAUAUUGAUAUCACUUUUAACUCCACAGAGAUUGAAAAAGAUGAAAAGCAUGACCGUGUGCGUAUUGUUGUAGUUAACUCAUUAGCUAUCAAAUUUAUAAACAUUUUGAUUGGUUGGGUUUAUUUUCUGGCAUGGUCUGUCUCAUUUUACCCUCAAACUUACAAAAACUUCAAGAGAAAAAGCGUUGUGGGUUUAAACUUUGAUUUUGUCUGCUACAACAUGACUGGUUUCCUAGCAUAUAGCUUUUUUAAUGUUGGAUUGUUUUGGGUUCCAUCUAUACAGAAUGAUUAUUUCAAAAAGUAUGGAGGUACAGAGAUACCUGUUCAAGCUAACGAUGUGUUUUUUAGUUUACAUGCUGUAACUUUGACUGGCGUUACAAUUAUACAGUGCAUUAUAUACGAGAGAGGGGGACAAAAAGUUUCUAAAGUAUGCAAAGGAUUGCUUUUUAUAACUUACUUGUUUGCAUUCUGUGCAUUUAUACCAACUUGUUUGUCUAAGUUAAAUUGGUUAACAUAUCUUUAUUACUUUUCAUAUAUCAAACUUGGAGUCACCCUUAUUAAAUAUAUUCCUCAGGCCUACAUGAACUACAAAAGAAAGUCAACUGUUGGUUGGAGUAUCGAAAAUAUAAAGUUAGAUUUUACUGGUGGUUCUUUGAGUAUUAUUCAAAUGAUUCUGCUUGCAUAUAAUAACAAUGAAUGGAAUUCGAUAUUUGGAGAUUUUACAAAAUUUGCUCUUGGUUUGUUUUCUGUUUUAUUUGAUAUCCUUUUUUUGUUGCAACAUUAUGUGUUCUAUAGACAUCAUGGUAAACGAUGUCAUCAUGAUGAAAAUGCUCCUCACGAUGAACGUUGUCUAAUCCUUCCUAUUCACAGCUGAUUUUAGGACUUACAGUUACUUUUGUUAUGUUUUUAAUAUUUUUUUUGUAUUUCUAAAUAAAUCCGAUAUUAUAGUUAACUAAAACACUAAAGUUUUUAUGAUUAAAUUGUAUGUAUUUUGCAUGGUUUGUAUAAAACACUAAAUGGUAUAAUUA